UAGUUCCAUUUUGCGGGGAUUAUCAAUUCGUAUACCUAACUCCGCCUACAACCCCAUCCACUUCUCUCAAUUGCCGAAUCCUUAACUAGGGGUUUGCUGAACGAUGUCUUCCACCAAGAAAACUCAGAAAAUACGAACGAGAUCUGCGAAAUGACGGACUGUUCAUUAAGUGGCAGUUACGGUCACAAUAAUAAUCGAGAUCAUGGACUCUAGAGCGGUGUCCGAAGUCGCUAACCCGUCGCCGGCCGGAAGCACCACAAGCGUACCUAGGGGGAAAUUGCUUCUUCCCGCGAGCUGCGAGCCUCCGUUACCGAACGCGCCUAGGAAGCAGCUUGUAUGGAUUAUCUUCGGCGGCACGGGUCACAUGGGCCGCUCGCUCGUAAAAUGCGCGCUGGCACGGGGUGAUCGUGUCGCGGACGUGGGGCGGACCUUCGAGAGCACGCCGGAGGAGAUGGCGAGCCAGGGCGACGACAAUUGUCUCGGCCUGCUGUGCGAUGUCCGCGCCCGGCAGAGCGUGGCGCAGGUCGUCGAAAAGACUCUCGACCACUUCGGCCGUAUCGACGUGGUCGUCAAUUGCUCCGGCUACGGCGUCAUCGGCGCGUGCGAGGACCAGGACGAGCACGAGAUCCGCAACCAGUUCGAGACCAACUUCAUGGGCACCCUACACAUCAUCCAAGCCACGCUCCCUUACUUCCGCCAGCAGAACGGCGGGCGCUACCUCAUCUUCAGCUCGACGAGCGGCGCGCUCGGCGUGCCGGGCCUGGGUCCGUACUGCGCGACGAAGUACGCGGUGGAGGGCCUCAUCGAAGCGAUGCUGUACGAGAUCGACUCGUUCAACGUGAAAGCGACGCUCGUGGAGCCCGGGCUAGUGCGCCGCGACGAGCCGGACUCGCAGGAGAACCCGCUGCCGACGUGGGGCCACUUCCUGAUCAAGCCGGCGAGCGAGGCGUACGGGCACGCGACGUCGCCGGCGCUGCACGCGAAGCGCAUGGUCCAGUGGCUCGGGGACCGGCAGCCGACGAGCGCGGUCAAGUGCGCGGAGCUGGUCUGGCAGCUCGCGCACUGCUCGUACCCGCCGCUGCGGCUCGUGCUCGGCAGCUACGCCAUCGAGAGCAUCCGCGACCGCCUCCGCUCCGUCACCGAGGAGCUCGAGGACUGGAAGCAUUUGAAUUACCCGGCGGCGCCCAGCGAGGCCGAGGACGAGAAGAGGGAGAAGGAGAAAGGUGAGGAGGAGAAGGGCGAGAAGGACGAUGAGGAUGGGGAUGAGGCGGGCGAGGGGGUGGAGCAGAUGGAUACUACGUGAUUUAUUGUCUAGACUCUACCUACUAGGUACGAAGAGUCUACCUGGCUCAGAUGCUGGAUUAAAGAUGAUUUAGGUAUUGUCAUGGCGGCAUGGCACAGACUAGAAAUAUUUAAAUAUUCUAUGGCUACAUAGUAGUAUGGCUAUGAUAUGGGCUUUGACGAUGAAUCUAGACUACUGGACUGCUGGAUCAGAUCAUCCAAUUAGACGUAAAAGAAAAGAUCUUUGCAUUUUCAGGGGUUUGCAUGCUUCGCUCAUCCAUAUCAAGGAAGAGGAAAGAGACCCCGAUCCCGUCACGAUUCGGACGAGAAAUAAGGAGAAAUAAGC